AUGCCUGGCCCGUUCGGUUCUUCGGGCUUGCUUGACCCGUUCAGGUCAUCGAGUCCACCUUGCUCGUUCGGGUCAUCGGUCCCGCCUAGCCCAUUCGGGUCUUCUGGCUUGCUUGACCCGUUCGGGUCAUCAGGCUUGUCUGAGCCAUUCGGGUCAUCGGGCCUAUCUUACCCGUUCGGGUCAUCAGGUUUGUCUGACCUGUUCGGGGCUUUAAUCCCGCUUGACUCGUUUGAGUCAUUGGGCGCACCUGGCCCGUUUUGGUCUUCGGGCCUGUUUGACCCGUUCAAGGCAUCAGGUUUGUCUGACCCAUUCGGGUCUUUAGGCCCGCUUGACUUGUUCGGAUCUUCGGGCCCGCUUGACUUGUUCGGGUGUUCGGGGUCGUCUGGCCCGUUCUAG